ACAAAAAGGUCCGAACUUGAAAAGAAUUUUGGAACGAAUUAUGAGAAGUCGGAGAUUAUAAAAGACAUGAUAAUUGAACAAGAGAUAGAACGUGAUAUUCAAGGUGAACUGUCACCACGAACCAUGAAUGCUUUAUGGAUGUUGAUAUUGUUACAACUUUCAAAGAUUUGUUCUGAUGUUAGACGACAAGUACGUAACGGUGCGAAUCAAACUUUGUUUCGUACUAUAGACAUGAAUGGCGCCGGUUUAGAAUCACAAACUUGGCAUACCUGUAUUUGGAAAAUCAUGGUUCAUCAUUCACGAAAUACAGUUGAUAAACAAUGGGACGAAACCAAAGUAUUAGUAUUAACGGGAAUGUCUGGAAUAAUCAAAAACUUUUUACCAUUCUUGAUUAAUUUAGAAGAUUUUAAACAAGCUUGGGAAUUAUUUUUGUUACAUUUACAAGAAUCAUGUUUAUAUUCAAGUCUUGAAGUUGCUUUUGCUGCCAUCAAAUCUUUAAACACGAUAAUUCAAUUUCCCGAAGAUGAAAUUCAUUCUAAUUUACCUAAAAAGAGCAUUUCACUUUUAUUUAAAAAUGCCUGGAUUACUUGGGAGAGAAUAG